AUGACGGCCCCUGCUUCUCCCGAUGCCGACUCCAGCAGGAAGCUGAUAUGGGCACGCGUAUACCAAGACCUCAUCCAACACGCCAUUCCCGACGCGCGCUUCAACUAUGACUUCAUGUCCUUCACCCCCGACUUCCGAGGCUCGGCCUCCGCAAUCGACCGCCUAGUCUCCCUGCCAUGUUAUCAGUCGGCUAGCGUCAUCCUCGUUACGCCCGACAACAGCCUCGAACAACUGCGAUACAGAGCCCUGAAAGACGGGAAGAGGGUCUUGGUAGCGACAUAUAGGCUACGCAGAGGUUUCGUACUACUGCAUCCCGGAAGGAUCAGCGAGUCCAAGUACGAGAUGGCUGCAUGUCUAGACGGCAUGGAGAAACCGGGGAUAGGGAGAGCGGUGUCGCUUUCGCAGAUGCGGGAUGAAUGCCUCAAGGUAGACAUGUGCGCUAUCGGGGGUCUCGUCUUCAACGCGCAGGGCGUGACGAUAUGGGAGGGUCACAAUCUAUUCGAGGUGCAGUGGGCUAUGCUGCAGGAUUUGAAGGUACUGCAGCCCAAUACCCCCGUUGUUGCUGUCGCACACGCGUGCCAGGUGGUCGACGAGGCACAACUGGGUGUGGAGAAGGUAACACCAACGACGUCGGGAGAGGUACAAAGCGACUUUGUCGUUACGCCAGAUGCACUGUACGAGGUGGCUGGCGCGGUGAAACCCACCGGUGCCCUGGACUUUGAUACUGUAGAUCCCGAGGGCAUACAGAACAUCCCCCCACUACAAGAGCUCAGAGGCAUUCGCAUGAUGGAGCAAAUCAUGCAACGGGAGGGCUUUACUUCUGCAAAGGAAGAGAAGCCAGAGAAGCCACCUUCUGCAGACGAGCAGAUGGGCAUCAGCAUUGUAGAGAAGCUGAUGCAAGGUUACCGUGCGUGA